AAAAUAUUGUUUAAACUAGUUAUAAAAUCAAAAAAAAAAAUGGCCAUCCUUGAAGUCAUUGAAGACAAUGAAUCACCCUCUAACCCCUUUUUAUUUAAUAAACCAAAACCCGAUUUCAAUAAAUUAAGCAAAGAGGAAAAGAAAGUUCUUCUAGAUCAUAUUGCAUCUCAAGUCAUAGCCGAUGAUCCAAAACUCUUUGAACAGAUGGCUACCAAUUUUUUAAAUCAGACGACACAAGAGGAUUUCAAUACUGUAGAGAUACAACCUCAACCAGGUUAUGUAUGCAAGACACAUAUUGUUUCAAGCACCAGUAAAUAUAAAGUAGGGACUGUAGUAUACAUUAAUAUUUGUUAUGCUUCCUCGAUACCUGCGCCACCCAUCGCUUCAGAAAAAGAAAUUGAAAAAGCAUUGAAUGCAGAACCGGAUGCAACGUAUAAAGUACCUUUAAGUAUGGGAGAACCCCAGCAAGGUGAAAAAGGAGCAUUAAUUAUGAGUGCUUGUAUUAAUACACAGCCCUUUUUGAGAAGUGAAAAAAACUUAGAUUUUCGUCUAUACAUAUUAGAGUUAGCUAUGGAAUAUGUAGAAGAGAUCAUUUCUGCUAGUUUAAGUCGAGAAUUUACUAUGCCACAAGUAAAAUCAAUGGGUGUUAUUCCAUCACGUAUCUUAAGGUUACCAAAACCUUCUUUAAUGACAGCGAUACGUACAGAAGUGAACAAGACAAAUAAAAAAGAAAAAUGGACAUGUAGACCUACUGAACAUAGUGUUGAAAAUAAUUAUCUAAAACUUGUGAUUCCAAUGCCUAACAAGAAUAUAUAGGAUUCAAAAGAAUGGACGAUAGACAUUACUCCAACAAAAUUAAUAUUAACUAUAACUAAUCAUACAAAGCAUGAAGUUCCUUUUAAAAACAUUAUCAAAGUGAAUGACAAAACAAAUCGAGUUGACUUUUACAAGAAGAGCCAAGAGCUUGUUGUUCAACUAAGAUUAGAAGAAAGGAAACAAUAUUUAUAACUAAUAAAUUAGCAGAGUAGCAUUAU